AUGCUUGAAACUUGCCUCAUCUUCCACGUCUCCCUUUCCUCCACUGUCUAUGGUCAUCCACAAUCCGCAUUCCCUCAAUCUGAAUCGAUUCUUGAGUGUAGCCAUGGAGAUGGAGACAUAGCAGCAAAUGAAAGGCUGGUUCAACGAGAUCUAAACCCACUCGUACCGGAGAUUAAGCUGCUAAAAAAAGAAAACAACAUUCACCUUUUCACUCUCAUCCUCAUUCUGGUUCUAUUCUCAACCAGUGGCUCAAGAGAACAUGCUACUAUAAGCUUGAUGUCUUCAUCAUCGUUGAAGAUCGAGCUCCUGUCACUCAAACACUAUUGUUGUUCCUCAUUCCAUCGAUCGUUUUCUAGUUUGGGCGAUGACAGUGGAAUAACUCUUAGAGACUUCACAUCCCUCUCCAUUCUACUACCGAAGGACCCCAUCCACGCUCGUUGGAAGGGACCACGAACAUCACCGGAGCUUGAGAGACCACUAGAGCUUGCACACCCACACUCGACAACCCACACUAUGCUCUAUUUCUCUUUCUCUCACUAUCAUUUGGAAUUGCAUAUUCAAGAGAAGGGCUCUAGUCAUAUUGGAGAGUCACACCUGAUUUAA